AUAAAGCUUCUGUGAAGUAGAAUUUCAGUAGUUCAAAUGGAAAAGUCGCAAUCGUACACAGUAACCGAUGGUCCCGAUGUCGACACCGCAAUCUGGAAAUUUUGGACGAAGCGUCGAUAUGUGCUCGUCAUCAUGUGUUUCUUCGGGUUCGCAAACGCUUACGGACUACGAGUCAAUUUGUCCGUGGGCAUCGUCGCCAUGACAAAACUCGUGAACAAGACUGACGAAAACGGAUUCACCUACGAAGCUCCCGAUAUCGACUAUUCCAAAGGAGAAAUCAGCAUCAUUCUUUCCUCAUUUUUCUACGGUUACAUCCUCACGCAAGUCGCUGGCGGAAUUAUCACUCGAUAUAUCAGUGCUCACAUCGUUUACGGCAUCGGAAUUUUCUUGACGGCCCUUUUUACUCUCAUAACUCCGCUGAUUGCGCGAAAUUUCGCCGCUUUGGUGACAGUUCGGAUCAUCGAGGGACUCUUCGAGGGCGUGACAUUCCCCUGUUUGCACUCGAUGUUGUCGAAAUGGGCUCCGCCGUUAGAAAGAACUCGAAUGGUUGGCAUUGCUUUUGCGGGAAAUUACAUUGGAACGGUCAUAAGUAUGCCUCUUUCGGGGAUUUUAGGCGAGCAACUUGGAUGGGAAUCGAUUUUCUACGUUUUUGGCGCAUUAGGAGUGCUUUGGUACGUGUUUUGGCUGCUUCUGAUUCAAGAAAGUCCCGAAAAAGACACGCGAAUAACGGAAGAAGAGAAAAAUUAUAUUUUGAAGACGUUGGGAGCUCAACGGAAAACAGUGCCGCCAACGCCAUGGAGAAAAAUUUGGACUUCCACAGCGGUUUGGGCGAUAAUUUUUGCUCAUUUCUCCGAAAAUUGGGGUUAUUACACUCUUUUGACGCAACUUCCGACGUUCUUAAAUGACGUAAUUGGAUUCGAUCUCACCAAAGCUGGUUUCACUUCAAGUUUGCCGUAUUUGACGAUGGGAGUUUUAUUGGCUCCAACGGGAUAUUUGGCUGAUUUGUUAAUUACCAAAAAUAUUUUGAGUGUUACAAACGUUCGGCGCAUCUUUAAUUGCGGAGGUUUUGUGGCGCAAUGUGUUUUUAUGAUGACCGCGGGAUAUUUGACGUCGCCAACGGGAAUUAUCGCGUGUCUUGUGUUGGGAGUUGGAUUGGGAGCCUUUUCGAUAUCGGGAUUUGCUGUUAAUGCCUUGGACAUUGCGCCGAGUUUUGCUGCGAUUUUGAUGGGCAUUACUAAUACGUUUGCGACCUUACCUGGAAUUAUUUCUCCUUUACUCACGGGAGCCAUUGUGACAGCAGAUCAACAAGACCCGUCCCAAACUGAUCUCUUAAACAGUCAAUGGAAAAUUGUUUUUAUCGUCUCAGCUUCCAUUUAUUUAGUUGGAUGCGUUGUUUAUUGGUUUUUCGCCAGCGGAGAGUUACAAGAAUGGGCUGUGGUAGAAAAUGAGGAAGAUAACGAAAUUCAAAUGGAUAAAAAGAAGAAAUUCGCAGGAGAUGUUGGAGGUUAUGACAACCAAUCGAUGGAGUAUGGAGACGGAGAAUAAUUUAUUUUGAA